AUGUGGACUGUCGUGGAAUUUACUAAUGAAAAUGCAGUUGAAGCUGUUCCUAGCCAUUGGGUAAAAAAAGAUGUUUGUGGUUGGCCAAAAAACAAUAUAAAAAAACAUAUACAAUCUAGAACAAUCCUAAAUAAGCAUGGUUUCGAUUAUUUUCCUUCGAGAACGUUAAAAAAAGGCAUUUCCAGUUAUCUUGAAGCUAAAUUAAAAGCUAAAAAAGCUGAGGUAACAUCUGAUCUUUCAAAUAGUGAUGAAAUUCAGACCAAGAUUAGAAGAAAAAAAGUAUUGGUUCAAGAUCCACCUAUUUUUAAUGAAUUGUUAAACGGGGAUAAUUUAUCAAAAUCUGCGAAUGACUAUGAAUCAUUACACAAUUGUCAAAUUAUGAGUUCUCAAAUUCCAGUUAAAAGAAGAUUAUUGGAUGCAACUUCUUCCAGUCAGUGUAAUUUAUCAAAAUCUGCUAAUGGCUAUGAAACAUUAAACAAUUGUCAAAUGAUAAGUUCACAAAUGCCAGUUAAAAGAAGAUUAUUUGAUACAACUUCUUCUAGUCAGGGUAUUGUUUUUCAGAUGAUUUUUAUGGUUUAA